UAUUUAUACUGGUAUACCAUAAAAUGUAAUUUCAUUAUUAAAUAGUGCAAAUAUGUUUGUUUUUUUGUUUUUCAAAUUUCCUUAAGCAACACACCAUCAUCAUCACUUGCUCUGCUUAAAUACUUUAAGCCAGCGAAUUCAGAUCUUAUUCCUGCCUAAUAUUUGUUUGCGAUGUCAAGUUUAAAUAAAAAAUCAAAAGGGUUUGAGACUGAGUGUUUGUAACAAACCAUUUACUGGGUUUAGACUGCGUUUGUAUAUUGCUCUUCCUACAGUUGUUAGAAUGACAUUUCAGCACCACAGAAGCGGACAGCGACGCUUUUAAAUUUUUUACAAAGGAGCCACACGUCUUUCAUUUACUGCAAGCAUUUUCACCCAAAUCAUAAAAAAACAAAGUGUUUUAAUAAGAAGACAACUUUAAUAUUGUAGUUGUCAAAGCUUAUUUACUCGCAUGAAGAUUAAUGAUAACGUGGAUAUUCUACCAUCCCGUUAUUCCUUUCACAAACUGUUACUUAUUUAUAUCGAAUUUUUCCCCAUAUGUGGCUGUGUCUUUAAAAGCACUCCUCACCUCCCUUCUUACUGGGUAGCAUAGAUGAAUUGUGUGCACCAAUGAAUCGUGCAAACAUACAAAGGGAUCUAGUCCCUCCCCCAUGCACACACAGCACCCGAAACUGUUAUAUUGCAAUGAGCUGGGUGAGGAGAAGCGAUGCUCUUAAAAGAUUUAAAUCAAUUUUGUUCUUCUGUGAGGAGAUUUUGGAUAUUUACCUUGGAUUAAAAUGUUAUAGCCAUGGAUGGUAAAUUUCGUUCUUUUGUUUCCUUCUCUGGGAAAUAAUUAUAUCGGAUCCGGGAUGACAAAGACAAUAGGAUACCGAGACUGGAGAUGGCAGGUGCUUUGGUGGCAUCUUUUCUUUCUUUUGUGGAGUACAAUAGACGGACAAACUCGUUACAGCAUCCCAGAGGAGCUAAAACGGGGAUCUGUGGUAGGAAAUCUUGCCAAAGAUCUGGGUUUGGGACUGUCUGAGAUUUUUGACCGUAAGCUGCGCGUUGCUUCUGAGGCUGGUGAGCAGUAUUUCAGCGUGGAUGCGGGGAAGGGCGAGCUCGUGGUGAAUGACAGAAUAGACAGAGAGGCUUUAUGCGGACAAAGCGCCAUCUGUGUGUUGACGUUGCAAGUGGUCAUUGAUAAACCUUUACAGUUGUACCGAGUGGAGGUGGAAAUACAAGAUAUCAAUGAUAAUUGCCCUACAUUCCCAUCUCCAGAAACAACAUUGCAGAUAGCAGAGUCGACAGCGGCAGGGGCACGUUUUCCUUUGGAGACCGCGCAAGAUCUUGAUGUCGGAGUGAAUUCAGUGAGAUCGUAUAGUUUAAAUAAAGACGAUUUUUUUACUUUAAAGCUUAAAGAUGUCUCCGGUGGAAGGAAGGUGCCAGAAUUAGUCCUCUCUAAAUCCCUCGACAGAGAAAAAAAGCCUACACAUCACCUCCAACUAACAGCUAUAGACGGAGGAAACCCGGUGAAAUCUGGGAUAUCUCAGAUAACCAUAAAUGUAUUGGACAUUAAUGACAAUUUCCCUGUUUUUGAGAAAAAUGUUUACAAAGUCUCUGUAAGUGAAAAUAGUGUGCAGGGUACACCCAUUAUUAAACUGAUAGCAAAGGAUAUUGAUGAGGGUCUCAAUGGAGAAAUUGAGUAUUCAUUUGGGGGGCACACACCAGACAGUAUCUUGUCUUUGUUUGAUAUUGAUUUAUUAACCGGGGAAAUUAGUCUGACAGAGAGUUUAGAUUUCGAAUCAAAUGCUAAUUAUGAAAUGGAUGUUUCCGCUAGAGACAAAGGGACUCCGAGAAUGGAGGGGCAUUGCUCUCUCCAUAUUGAAGUAUUAGAUGUUAACGAUAAUGCUCCAAAUAUAUUUCUGACCUCCCAACCUAACCCUGUGCCUGAGGAUGCACCAAGUGGGACUGUAGUAGCGUUAAUCAGUGCAAGAGACAUGGAUUCCGGUGACAAUGGUAAAGUGACACUGCAGCUCCUUAAGGGCUCUCUUUUUAAACUGAAACCCUCUUUUUCUAAUAAUUAUGCACUGGUUACCAGCGGUCCUUUAGACCGAGAGAGUUCCUCAGAGUAUAAUAUAGAAAUAACAGCUACUGAUUUAGGGUCCCCUCCUCUGUCGACAAAAAAGACUAUUAAUGUCACUAUCACUGAUGUUAAUGAUAAUGCUCCUGUAUUCACUCAGAAAACCUAUAAUGUGUAUUUAAAAGAGAAUGGAGUACCAGGCUCUGUCCUGUACUCAGUAUCAGCAUCUGACCUGGAUUUCGGUGAAAACGCAAAGGUCUCUUACUCUAUACUGGAUUCUAAAGUGCAGGACGUUUCUGUCUCAUCGUAUGUUUACAUUAACUCAGAUAACGGCAGCAUCUACAGCAUGCACUCGUUUGACUAUGAGAAACUGAAGGUGUUUCAGAUUCAGGUCCAGGCAAAGGAUCAGGGCUCUCCGUCUCUCAGCAGCAACGCCACUGUCCAUGUUUUUAUCCUGGACCAGAACGACAAGUCCUGUAUGUCUCCAAUGUCAGAGUACAGCGAUUUCACUCUGAUUAAACCCAGCAGCACCACAGACUUUAAGGAGGUGAUCAGUGUUCUGGAUGCUUCUUUGCCCGACAGCACCUGGACCUUUGAGAGCCAGCAGGUGAGGCGAAAAUUGAAGAAAUAA